AUGGGUUCUGCGACAAAGCUCAAAGCGUGCUACGCGUGCACGAACGGAAAACGGAAAUGCGACAAAGCUCAACCUGUUUGCGGGCGCUGCAAUGAUCGAGACGUUGAGUGCCGAUAUCCGCCUACCAAGCGGAAGAGGCUGCACUCGUCAGCACCAGGCGCGGAAAAUGGCGGAGAGAAUCAGGACAGGCUCAGUGUUGGGCCACCGAGUCUGAUGCAAAUCCCUUUCUCAACACCAAACAAUGGCCUGAUUGACCUCAAUCAGUGGGCGGCCAGUUUAAGUAAUUGGGGCGCUCUCCCCGCUGCUGAGCUGCCAGACGACUCGCCCGCGACAAGCAGUGAGACAAUCUCGAGCCAGAAGGAUGCUGUCGACUUCUUCCUCAGACCUGACGCGUGGGCCAUUCGACAUAUUCCCUUCACUACCCCAUCCUUUCCCAACUCUGUCUGUAUGAACUAUGUCCACGGAAUUCACGAGUUCUUCACAGAGUGGGUUACAAAUUCGCAUAGCCCGUUCAUACACAACCAGCUCUACGCCGAUGCUGGGCUGCCACCAGCAAUUCAGGACGCCUUCACCUGUAUCGUCCUUCACAACUCCAAAACACCUGCAAACAAGACGGUUAUCGAUGAAUUACUAGCUUCGAAAGCAGCCUCAUUACUCAAGGCAUAUUGCCCUGACCUUACUGGUCCUGAAGCGACGCUCGGCAUUCGUGAGCACCUCUCUCGAACACAAGCUCUAUUCGUCCAUCUUGUACUCGCACUGUUCUCACCCUCUAUUGGUGCGCGAGCCAGCGCUGAACAGCAGAUACAGACUCUCCUCUCAUGGACGCGUCAACUCUGGGAAGCCGCUCUUUGUGAUCCGGAUGUUGGCCUGCCAUGCAACGGUGGCGAUAGCUCCGCUGCUGCAGCCUCUGCCAACGGCAUCAUUCUAGACUCUAUCUUCGACGGUGAUCCACUACCUCGAAAGUGGCGCUCAUGGGUAUUGUCAGAGAGUGUCCGUCGGAUAUGGCUAAUGGCAACAUCCACCAUCGGAGUCUAUCUCACUCUCAAACAAAAAUGGGCUGAAUGCCACGGCGGCAUCUACUUCACGGCCCACAAAGAAUUAUGGGAAGCCAGAACCUGCUUUUCGUGGGCAGCUGCAUGUCGGAAAGCAGAUCCUCUUUUCAUAUGUAGUUUAGACUGCGAGGGUCUGUUUCUAAGUGCAAAGGCAUCUGACGUAGACCCAAUGCUUGUCAAUCUGUUUACUAUUAUGUGGGGGGUUGAAAGAGUCGAGAAUUGGGCUGCGAGAACAUGUGAACCUGGAGAGGAUGUAAGAGUUUGGAGGGGGACGGAUUUGCCUAUGGAGAAGGGAAGGAUUGCACCUUCAUGA